GCUGUUCCAUCAAGUCACCCACCCGCACACGCCCACACCCCCUCCCCCCCCUCCCCAAUCAAGCCAUCGUCCUCCGCGCUGAGCCUUAGUAGACGGAUGGACGCGUUCACGCAAUGAACUUCGACGCCCUCUCCGCAAGCAAUGGCUUCCUCGACGGCUCGGCGAAUGCGCUCAUGGAUCCGUCCAUGUUCAAUGCGAAUAGCCUCGACCUGAACCAGUUCCAAAACCCCCAACUCCAGCAGCAGCGCCUGCAGAACGGCUCUGUGCGCCAUGCCUCGCCCGCCGCCUUCCAGAACCCGUCAUCGUUCCAGGUCAAUCCGCUCGUCCCUUCCAAGCGCCCGCGGCCCUCUGAGGAUGCGGCCAGCGCAUCGCCCAGGCAGGCGCCUGGCAACAUGAGUCUUUCAAGGUCGCAGACGCCGCAGCAGAUGGGCUUUCCCCAGGGCGGCUUCCAAGGCGGCCAACAGGGCCUGCAGGCGCCGAAUCCCUACCAACACCUGCAGCACGCAGGCUCCGCGAAUGCCACGCCCUCUCCUACCAUGCAGAACCAGCAGUUUCGCCCUCCGCCACCCGCCCACAGAAUGCAGACAAUGUCGCCGAACCCCUUCCCUCAGCAGCAGAAUAUGGGCAUGUCCCCUACGCCCGAUCAGGCUAGUCGCGUCAACACACCCCAGAAUCCCGCCAUGGCGCAAAUGGCUGCCAUGAAUAUGAUGCAGGGAUCGCCGACGACGCAAGGCUUUAAUCAGAAUUUCGGCAUGACGCCGGGAAUGACCGCCGGAGGAUUUAAUGGAUCGAUGCCCGUCCAGCCCGUCGCUCUUUCCCAAAAUCUCCAAGCGCGCCAGGCCGACGCGCAGCGCAUGUAUCAAAUGCGCUUGCAACAGCAGCAGCAGCAAAUCGCAGCGAACAACUUGGCGGCGCGGCAACAAGCGGCGGGCGGUAUGAACAUGCUAGGGUCGUCGGGACAGCAGAUGAACCCCGCCAUGGCCAUGGCUGGGGGAAUGCGACCGAAUCAAGGACAGAUGCCUAUGGGCAACGCGAACGCCUCCCAAGAACCGGCCUUUUUGAAGAACGUCCACGCGUUGAUGCAACAGCAGGGGAUGCCUUUUAAUCCGCAGCCCACUGUCUGCAUGCGACCCGUCAAUUUAAUGCAGUUAUAUUUUACGGUAAUGAGACACAAGGGUUCGAGGAAUGUCACGCACAACAAUGGCUGGGCGACAAUAUCGCAGAUGAUUGGGAUCCCGCCGCAACAGUUUCCGUCGGCUGGGAAUGAGCUGAGGAUGGUUUAUGAGCAAAAUCUGCUGCCAUACGAGACGGCUUAUUUGCAACGGCAACGACAGAGGGAACAGCAGCAGCGGAUGGCGGGAUUAGGUGGCGCGCCACAGGCUUCGCCUAUCAAGUCGAUGCCCAACAACCAGCAGGAUCUCCAAGCGCAGCAACAGCAAUAUCUUCAGAAACUGCAGCAGCGCGCAGCGCUCUCGUCAUCACAGCCCCCAAUGGGCGAAUCCACGCCCUUGCGAAAUAAUUCCGUGCCUUCUGCCAAUGGAUGGGGCACGCCGCAACCAGACAAUUCUGCAGGGCCGCAGGAUGCGUUGGCACAACACCGGAAGAGUAUGAGUCGACAACUUGAGUCCACGCCGCAGCCUCAACAGCCUGGUGCAUUCCCCACGCCUUCACCUGGGCCAGGUGAGAAGCCGAUGGACCAGAUGGCCAAACCGGUCCCAAGCGACAUGAACGCGGUCAAUGGUGCUCCGUCCAUGGAUAACAAGGUGGUGCUGUCGAGCGAGUACAAGCCCAAGCUUCGCAAGCUGAUUGAUACGCACGGGGGCAUCCUCGUCGACGAUCACGGAAAUGUUGGCGAGAGGCUCGCGAAACUGAAACCGGAAGUCCCCAGCGUGGAUGAGAUGGGUGUGAUCGACAUGCGCGCGAUCAGCAUGUGCCUCCAGUCCGGUCUCCACGCAGAGGUCAGGUAUGCGCUCGACGUGUUGGUGCGCUUGUCGCAUGAGCCCCGUUUACAUCUGGAGCUGGAGAAGUGCGACGACUUGAUCGACGCGAUAGUGGACUGCGCCGAGGAGCAGGUCGAAACUUUGGCGGAUGAUGCCGCGGAGGUGUCAGACAUUCUAGAUCUCACUCCGUAUGAGGAGGUGGUCAGGAACUGCCGCGUGGAGGUGGAAUCGCUGCGAGAGUAUCCAGAGUUUGGCACUCCGGGCUACGACCUCGAUCGGGCUGCCGACCGCCUCAUUGCCCUCACCACCAUCCUCCGCAAUCUGUCCUUCUUCGAGUCCAACCACUUCCUGCUGUCGAGCGCGACCGUCAUCAAGUUCCUCUCAAACGCCGUCCGUCUGAUGGGAACGCGCGUCAUGUUGCUCCGCAGCAACGUCAACAUGGUGGAUUUCAUGAAGGACAUAAUCACCUUCCUCUCCAAUACCUCGGACAAGAUCGAGCUGCCGUCGCGCGAGGACGCGGUCAACAUUCUACAUUUCCUACUCGCUUUUGCGCCUAGUCCUGCUCCGAACGCCAACUCACCUCUCCGCUUCACGCCCUACCACCCCUCAGUACAUCGCUACCUUCCCUCAGCCGUCGACUGCCUAGCGAAGCUCCUCGCUCGCGACGACCCAAACCGCCACUACUACCGCCAGAUCUUUGCCUCGGACAUCAUCUCUGCCCCGCCGUACGACCUCCUCACGCGCGCCUUCGCUCUCGCCAUUUCCGUCGUUCCCGAUCAGACGCGCGGCCACCAGAUGCGCAUCGCGGACGCGCGCAAGCCUUACCUCACGCAAGGCAUGCUCGCGGCCGACAUUCUCGCAGGAAUGGCGCCAAAUGCAGACGCGGGUGUUGCGCGGGCAUGGCUGGAAGCCGAAGACGGCUGGGCCAAGAGUCUGGUGCGGCUGUGCACCUUCCUGGCGACGGCAGACAAGACACCACUUGCGCCGCCGCCGGGUCCGCCAGGACGCAUGGCGCCACGGCCACAGCUGGGGCUCGACGACCAGGGGUACGGACUCAUCACGCACCGGGCGCUGGCGAUGCUGAAGAAGCUGGGCGAGAAGAGCAUGAGCGACGAGGAGCGGCGAGAGCGCAAGCUGAACGUCGACUGUCUGCCCAAGACAGAGAUGCUGCUCGGCGCGCUAUAUACGCAGAACGUGGACGCGGUGGCGCUGAAGCGCAUGUGUGCGUUUGCGGGGCUGAAUGGGUGAGGAGGCCGUGACUGGCUGGGUACCUACCUAGGCACUUGUCUGGCCUGGCUGGGAGUGGGUUGUGGUUUGGGGUUUGUGGGGCUGGCGGGGCGUGCGUGCGUGCGUGCGUGGAUGGCUUGGCGAGUAAAGGUGGUUGGCGGGCGACUGCUUUGCUUUUGCCUGCUUUG